AUGAAGCCGCCCGGCAGCAGCUCCCUGCGGCCGCCCCUGGCGGGGUACAGCCUUUCCCGAGCCUCUCGCGGCCCCUCCGGCGGCCCUGCCGGCCCGGCGCCUAUCCGCGCCCUGGCCCGCGCGCCGCCCUGCCGCCUGCUCCUCGUCCUUCUUCUGCUGCCUCCUCUCGCCACCUCGUCCCGGCCCCGGGCCUGGGGGACUGCUGCACCCAGCGCUCCGCAUUGGAAUGAAACUGCAGAAAAAAAUUUGGGAGUCCUGGCAGAUAAAGACAGCACAUUGCAACAGCAUAACAGCAGUAAUAUCAGUUACAGCAAUGCAAUGCAGAAAGAAAUCACAUUGCCUUCAAGACUCAUCUAUUACAUCAACCAAGACUCAGAAAGUCCUUAUCAUGUUCUGGACACAAAGACAAGACACCAGCAAAAACAUAACCAGGCUGUCCAUCUGGCCCAGGCAAGCUUCCAGAUUGAAGCCUUUGGCUCUAAAUUCAUUCUUGACCUCACACUGAACAAUGGUUUGCUGUCUUCUGAUUAUGUGGAGAUCCACUACGAAAAUGGGAAGCCACAGCACUCCAAGGGUGGAGAGCACUGUUACUACCACGGCAGCAUCAGAGGAGUCAAGGACUCGAGGGCUGCUCUGUCGACCUGCAAUGGACUUCAUGGUAUGUUUGAAGAUGAUACCUUUGUAUAUAUGAUAGAACCACUGGAGCUGAUUCACGAUGAGAAAAGCACCGGUCGACCACAUAUAAUCCAGAAAACCUUGGCAGGACAAUAUUCUAAGCAAAUGAAGAAUCUCAGUAUGGAAAGCAGUGGCCAGUGGCCCUUUCUGUCUGAACUGCAGUGGUUGAAAAGGAGAAGGAAGAGAGCAGUGAACCCAUCUCGUGGUGUGUUUGAAGAAAUGAAAUAUUUGGAACUUAUGAUUGUUAAUGAUCACAAAACGUAUAAGAAGUAUCGUUCUUCUCAUGCACACACCAAUAACUUUGCAAAGUCCGUGGUCAACCUUGUGGAUUCUAUUUACAAGGAGCAGCUCAAUACCAGGGUUGUCCUGGUAGCAGUAGAGACCUGGACUGAGAAGGAUCAUAUUGAGAUCACCACCAACCCUGUGCAGAUGCUCCAUGAGUUCUCCAAAUACCGGCAGCGUAUGAAACAGCACGCCGAUGCCGUGCACCUCAUCUCGCGUAUGACAUUCCACUAUAAGAGAAGCAGUCUGAGUUUCUUUGGAGGUGUCUGUUCUCGCACACGGGGAGUUGGUGUGAAUGAGUAUGGUCUUCCAAUGGCAGUGGCACAAGUAUUAUCGCAGAGCCUGGCUCAAAACCUUGGAAUCCAAUGGGAACCUUCUAGCAGAAAGCCAAAAUGUGACUGCACAGAAUCCUGGGGCGGCUGCAUCAUGGAGGAAACAGGGGUGUCUCAUUCCCGAAAGUUCUCAAAGUGCAGCAUUUUGGAAUAUAAAGACUUUUUACAGAGAGGAGGUGGAGCCUGUCUUUUCAACAGGCCAACAAAGCUAUUUGAGCCCACAGAAUGUGGAAAUGGAUAUGUGGAGGCUGGAGAGGAAUGUGACUGCGGUUUACACGUGGAGUGCUACGGACUGUGCUGUAAGAAGUGCUCUCUCUCCAACGGGGCCCACUGCAGCGACGGGCCGUGCUGCAACAGUACCUCAUGCCUCUUUCAGCCACGAGGGUAUGAAUGUCGGGAUGCUGUCAACGGGUGUGAUAUUACUGAAUAUUGUACUGGAGACUCUGGCCAGUGCCCACCAAACCUUCAUAAGCAAGAUGGAUAUGCAUGCAAUCAAAAUCAGGGCCGCUGUUACAAUGGGGAAUGCAAGACUCGGGACAACCAGUGCCAGCAUGUCUGGGGGACAAAGGCUUCCGGGUCUGACAAGUUCUGUUAUGAGAAGCUGAACACAGAAGGCACUGAGAAGGGGAACUGUGGGAGGGACGGAGACCGCUGGAUCCAGUGCAGCAAACAUGAUGUGUUCUGUGGGUUUUUACUCUGUACCAAUCUUACUCGAGCUCCGCGUAUUGGUCAGCUUCAGGGUGAGAUCAUCCCAACUUCCUUCUACCAUCAAGGCCGAGUGAUUGACUGCAGUGGUGCUCAUGUGAUUUUAGACGAUGAUACAGAUGUGGGCUAUGUAGAAGAUGGAACGCCAUGUGGUCCAUCCAUGAUGUGUUUAGAUCGGAAGUGCCUACAGAUUCAGGCCCUAAAUAUGAGUAGCUGCCCACUCGAUUCCAAGGGUAAAGUCUGUUCAGGCCAUGGGGUGUGCAGUAACGAAGCCACCUGCAUCUGUGAUUUCACCUGGGCAGGGACAGACUGCAGCAUCCGGGAUCCAGUCAGGAACCUUCACCCUCCCAAGGAUGAAGGACCCAAGGAAAUGUCAAGAAGAGGAGAUUCGAUCCCACCCAGCAGGGCCCCAUCUGAGUCUGCAGCGGCAGCGGGUGAGCAGUGCCUCGCACCGUUGGAUUCUGGGUGCGACAGACCCGCGGCACCAUUGCCGGAACUGCUCCAUCUGUAAGCAAGACCACUGGGUGGUAAUGACCACAGCACUGAAGUUGGGGGACAGGGAUGGGGGAACAGGAAACUGUCCUUUGGGGAAAUCGUUUCAAAGAACCCCUCUUACCACCUGUCAAGAAAAGGAGAUCAAAGACAAUGUUAUAAAAAGAACUAUUUCAGAAUCAUUUUUUUGUCUAACUGAAGGAAAAUGGAACAAUAACGGAAAAUUAAGUGCAAUAAAAGAACCAUUAAAAAAUCGCAAAAGAUUUUUUUUCUUUCCUCAGCCUGCUGGCACUUACUACCUUCUAAAUGAUUUGGCAUGAUUUUUUUUUCUUUUCCUACCAAUGACACACUCCAGUGGCAUGAAGAUCUAAUUUUCGAAAGGGUAAAAUCCGCAUGGCCUAUCUACAACAAGCAGCUAGCAAGCCAUCCACAGCAAAACCUGCAGCUGAAUUCCUGAGGUGAACCGGCCGGGGAACACGGGGGUGCUGUCCGGCCCUCACCCCCUUGUCUAGGCCAGCCACGAGAGACCCCACGGACCCCUGCUCAUGUUGAGUCCUUUUCCCCAUGUGCUCGCCUGGACCAAGCAUCCUUUGGAAAUGGGAGCUGGAAUUUGAACAAUGAUGCUAUUGUAUAGUUCUUUUAUAAAUGUAAAUAUGGAAACAAGAGAUUUUGACAUCAUUUUCACUUGUCUGUACUGGAAUAUUUUUCUUGUAAAAGUUCUCUGUAGAUUGGAGUUUAUUGUUUGCUCCCCAUCUUUUGGGUUCUUUUCGCUGUUUUCUCUCUCUCUUCUCUGGUAACGUGUUGUUCAGUGAUUUGGGGGCUUGCUUCAAAAAAGACAGAUGUAGCCACAGACGCAGGGAGUUUGGGCACAAAGCAGGUGCAAGUGAACAAGGAAAUGCGUGAACAAAAUGAAAUGCUUGAAACCAAAAAUAAGCAAAAGCGGGGCGGGGGGGGACACAAACAACUAAAUAACCCAUACUAAAAACACAAAAAUUAUGUAAAUGCAAAUAUAUGUACUGACAAGUCUAACAUUUUUUGAUGUCAUUAUACAUGUAUGUAUAUAAUGUAAGAAAGUAGACACCCUCUCAAAGGAAUCACAAAAGUGCCAAGCUCAUGAUUUGCAUUUUUGGUUUUGACAGUUUUCUUUCCCUGUCUUUAAUGUGAAAGGAGAAUGAACUUAAAGCCUUAAAUUAAAAAAUAACUUUCAAUGUUAAAAAAUGGAGGGGGGGGAGUUACACUUUCCAUUUCGUUCACAGCUGUUAUUGUCAAUAUCUCAUCCAUGCUUCAUCUCCCUGCCUUGAAAGACGCGGUAGAACCCCCCUGGCAAGCUGGUAACAGACACACAGCAGGGGCUGCCUUCUUGUGAGUGUUGCUGUCGUGGGCUUUACGUCUGUGUGGUGUGUUUUCAGCUAAAUCUUGUCAGGAGCCCGUAGUGUGUUACCGGUCUGUGGAAUGUUCUGGAUUGCGAUGGGAUUCUACUGUUCACAAAUUUGUUCAUCUUCUUUGGCCUCCAGGCAGAUGUACCGAUGUAAUCUGGGUUCCCAAGUCCCUCUUGAGUUUCCUUCACUGACACCACUUUCUUCCAUUUAGGAUCAAGAUAGUGUCUGUUCAAGGGCGUAGUAUAUACGUGAAUAAAGAAAUCUGGUCCUGACUUGGUUUUGAAUGUAGGAACUUGUACGUGAGUCCUUCACUCAGCACCCACUUAGACACUUACAGAUGAGCUUUCCUGAAGCAUCCCCUCCCCACCCCAAGAGCCUGUACUUCUCUAACUCCCUCUUUUCAGGAACAGGACACGCCAUUGUCUAUUCAUUUCAUGACAACCAAAUGAAUUGCUAGAUUUGGCUUUCAGUCCCUUUUCAGCAAGAUUCAUGACACCAGUCUCACAAUUUUUGCUUCGAUUUUGGAAAGGAUAACGUGCUAAAAAUGUACUGCUUAAUACUGUGAGGUUUUUUCCCCUGGUAUAUUGAAGUGUGGCCAUAUCACAGUCUCAGAGCAGAAACCUUACUUUCACUUUGCUCCAGGAGAUCAAUACCUAACCUCAAUCCUGUUACUGCUUUCUGAGUAAUAGGUGCUACCCAGGUCAGCAGUCUUUCUCUAGAACUAGCUGUGUAUUUGUGUCCUAACAACAGGGCUAUCUCCAAGGUUUAUCAGCCUUAUUCUCAGCUUCUUGAGACACGGGCUGUAUCCCUCCACCUAGUGGCGAUGGCUCUUUCAGUCCAGAGAAAACUCAGAUUACUUGGCAUCUCUUCCUGUCACCGUAUUGUUUAUGUCUUUGUUGCUGGAUCCUACUUGCUGGUGGAAUCCAUCUGUUACUGACUACACCACGCACAUUUCACUGCUCUUUGGGAGGCACCACAUGUGACUUCACAGAACCAAACCAUAGUGGUUACAAAACAAGUUAAAUCUCUAUUAUUAACUUUUGAGCAUUUCACAGACAACAUUGUAAGUGUGCGAUGUUACGUUUUAAAUCAGACCACAGUGGUCCCCAAAUAUUAUGUACAUAAUGGCAAAUGUCAGUGUAACUUUUUGUUACACUGGCAGUUUCAUAGGUAACCACACCUAUGUUCCAAUGUUCAAUUAUCUGUGUGUAUAUGUAAAAUACACAAGCUUUAAGCUACCUGUGUAUGAAGAUGAAAGAUAAUGCAACCAUACCAACCGUAAACAAUGGAUUAUACUUACUUUGGGUGGUAUUCGGUUAUGUCGUUCCAAACUCUUUGCUGUUUUUUCUCUUGCACAUGCCACUCAUUUGCUGAUUUUUGUGGUGAGAAUAGUCCUUUUUAUUAAUUUGAGCUCAAAGUCCAAACGUGUCGCUGUCUUACUGUUACCCAACAAGAGUUAGUGUUCAGUGAUGACAAGUUCCCGUUUCAUCCGCUCUUCUUUGCCGCAUUAAUUAACGACACCUGGAUGAGGAGGUGUGCGCUAACUUCAUUGCUCACCUGGGAUCCUGCAUGAGCCCACUGAAUUAGUGCUACUCCUAUUAGAUAAAUGAGCAGUACACAUAGGUGCAUGUUAUGAAACAUGAAUCACAUAGAGCUGUGGAGUUUUACCAAGUAGUAUGUUUUUUGUUUUCAUUUUUGUUUCCACUAUGCAAAGAUGGGAAAUGCACAAACUUCUCAAAGACUCCAGUGUCUGAAGAACUUUACAAAUAAUACUUGAACCUUUCUUUAAAGUCAUCCCAUCAUAUUUUAUAGUCAUGGUUGCUUCCAUUGUUAACUUUUGUUUUUAAAUGGUUUGUGAUUUUUUAAGUGUACAACCUGAAGUUCUGUUUGAAGUUAAUAAAUUCAUUCAUAAUCUCGUUGGCUGCCUAUGAA